AUGGACCUCCCAACAACAACAAAUCAACCCUCGGCUGAGAAUAAAUCCUCCUCCGAGUCACUAUUCAUCAAUACCACAAUCAAGCAACCUCAUCCACUUUUUAUCUCCCAGUUAUACACUACUGGAAAAUACACAGACCUUAUUAUCAAAUGCCAAGGCAAAGAGUUCAAAGUCCAUCGAGCAAUUGUUUGUUCUCAAUCAAAGCCUCUUGCUGCGGCUUUAGAUCAUGGAUUCAAGGAAGCUACUGAUGGUGUCUUCGAUUUCGAGGAAGACGAACCAGAGAUUGUGGAGUACAUGAUCAGAUUUCUUUAUGAUGAUCUCUACUCUGUAUCCAAACAACAGAAGCAUCCUGAUACUGCGACGUGGGGAGGAAACGCAACUUCUGUCAUGCCAGAUGGAACAUCUCUCACUGGAGAUUCAGCAUCAACAUCGGACCCGCCAUUUGACUUUACUACGCGAUCCUUCCGCGCUCCAGCAAACAGUGAUACAAGUGGACUUGAAAAACUCUUUGGAUCAGCUAGCCCGGCUGCGCAAGCAUUAUUUCCAAGCUCAAAUGGCGCAUCCAUUUUUGGACCUCCACAAGCACCAAGAGAUAGUGGACGCAACAUAUUCAGCUAUGUACCCCAACCUGGAGAGAAACCAUCGUUAUUCAGCCUUUAUCGCGAUGUUUCUCCUCAUGCUACUCCUGCACCCGCAACUGGAAACAUGUUUCGCCCUGUUCCUCCAACUACUACACAUGCAGCCACCCCUAGGUCGAUAUCAAGCUUAUUUGGUCCCGUUGUUCCUGUCAAUACCCCUACCCCUACCACUGCGACCGCAUCCUCAACACAAAAUCUGUUUGGCGGACCCACAGCGAAUACCUCGGGCAAUAAUAUUGAGGUAGCAAAGACUCCAAUUCAGGUAUCAAAAGGCAAAUUCAAUUGGUCAGGUCGUGGUAGUCUCUUUGGCGGAAGCGCAACUUAUGGUCAAUCUUCCGAAAACAUCGAGCUUCAAGCAGAGGAUUUGAUCAAGCAUGCAAAAGUCUAUAUCAUGGCAGAGAAAUAUGAUAUCCAGCCAUUAAAGAGACUUGCUCGUCAAAGAUACUCCUCUGUCGCAGAUAAUUACUGGAACUCUCGUUGUUUUGUUCAAAGUAUUGAACUCAUUUUCGAUGGUACACCUGAUAUCUCCGAAGGUGAUGAUCUUCGAAAGGCUGUUCUGGAAGUUGCUAGUAGGUACAUGAAACAACUUCUAGCGAGGGAAGAUUUCGCUCAAAUGUGCCAGGAGAGAGGUGAUAUCGGUUUCGCAAUUCUUCAGUGGUCUUCGUGGUCGAUGUAA